AUGAGGGAGUGUCCAGUUUGUGAGAAACGUUUCACUGUAAAUUACUACCUGGUGAAACACCAGAUGUCUCACACCGGAGAGAAACCCUUUGAAUGUUCGGAUUGUGGGAAAUCUGUCACUCGGAAUUCCAGCCUGGUGAUACACCAGAGAGCUCACACAGGAGAGAAACCCUUUGAAUGUCCUGAAUGUGGGAAAAGUUUCACUCACAGUUCCAACCUGUUGAGACACCAGAGGAAUCACACAGGAGAAAAACCCUUUGAAUGUCCUGAGUGUGGGAAAGGAUUCAAGAAAGGUUGUCAACUGGUAAACCACCAGAGCAUUCACACAGGAGAGAAACCCUUUGAAUGUCCUGAUUGUGGGAAAGGUUUCAAGAAAGGUUGUCACCUGGUAAACCACCAGAGCAUUCACACAGGAGAGAAACCGUAUGAGUGUCCACUUUGUGGGAAAAGUUUCAUUGUAUAUUCCUUCCUGGUGAGACAUCAGAUGACUCACACAGGAGAGAAACCGUUUCAGUGUCCACAGUGUGGGAAAAGUUUCAGUCAGAAUUCCCACCUGGUGAACCACCAGAGGACUCACACAGGAGAGAAACCCUUUGAAUGUCCUGAUUGUGGGAAACGUUUCAGUCAGAAUUCCCACCUGGUGACACAUCAGAGGACUCAUACAGGAGAGAAACCCUUUGAAUGUCCUGAUUGUGGGAAACGUUUCAGUCAGAAUUCCUACCUGGUGACGCAUCAGAGGACUCACACAGGAGAGAAACCCUUUGAAUGUCCUGAAUGUGGGAAAGGUUUCAGUCUAAAUUCCAGCCUGGUGACGCAUCAGAGGACUCACACAGGAGAGAAACCCUUUGAAUGUCCUGAAUGUGGGAAAAGUUUCCGUCAGAAUUCCAAUCUGGUGAUACACCAGAGCACUCACACAGGAGAGAAACCAUAUAAGUGUCCACUUUGUGGGAAAGGUUUUAUUGUAAAUUCCCACCUGGUGAGACACCAGAGGAUUCACACAGGAGAGAAACUGUAUGAGUGUCCAGUUUGUGGGAAAAGUUUUAUUAGAAAUUCUGACCUAAUAAUCCACCAGGGGACUCAUACGGGAGAAAAACCCUUUGAAUGUCCUGAAUGUGGGAAAAGUUUCACUCGGAAUUACAACCUGAUGACACAUCAGAGGACUCACACAGGCGAGAAACCCUUUGAAUGUCCUGAAUGUGGGAAAAGUUUCAGUCAUAAUUCCAAUCUUGUGAUACACCAGAGCACUCACACAGGAGAGAAACCAUAUAAGUGUCCAGUUUGUGGGAAAAGUUUUAUUGUAAAUUCCCACCUGGUGAGACACCAGAGGACUCACACAGGAGAGAAAUCGUAUGAGUGUCCACAGUGUGGGAAAAGUUUCAUUGCAAAUUCUGAGCUGGUGAGACACCAGAAGAUUCACACAGGAGAGAAACCCUUUGAAUGUCCUGUUUAUGGGAAACAUUUUACUCAAAAUUUCAGUCUUCUGAUACACCAGAGAACUCACACAGGUGAGAAACACUUUGAAUGUCCUGAAUGUGGGAAAAGUUUCAGUCAUAAUUCCAAUCUUGUGAUACACCAGAGGACUCACACAGGAGAGAAACCAUAUAAGUGUCCACUUUGCGGGGAAAGUUUUAUUGUAAAUUCCCACCUGGUGAGACACCAGAAAACUCACACAGGCGAGAAACCCUUUGAAUGUCCUGAAUGUGGGAAAAGGUUCAGUCAGAAUUCCAACCUGGUGAUACACCAUAGGACUCACACAGGAGAGAAACCCUUUGAAUGUCCUGAAUGUGGGAAAAGUUUCGUUGCAAAUUCCCUCCUGGUGAGACAUCAGAGGACUCACACAGGAGAGAAACCCUUUGAAUGUCCUGGUUGUGGAAAAAGCUUCAGUCAGAAUUCCAGCCUGGUGAGACAUCAGAGGACUCACACAGGAGAGAAACCCUUUGAAUGUCCUGGUUGUGGAAAAAGCUUCAGUCAGAAUUCCAGCCUGGUGAUACACCAGAGGACUCACACAAGAGAGAAACCCUUUGAAUGUCCUGAAUGUGGGAAAAGGUUCACUAAGAAUUCCCACCUGGUGAUACACCAGAGGACUCACACAGGAGAGAAACUGCAUGAGUGUCGAGAGUGUGGAAAAAGUUUCUGUUACACUUCUCUGCUUGUAAGACACCAGAGGACGCAUACAGGAGAAAAACCGUAA